CUCGAGCGAGUGAGCGACAGGGGAAGAGGAGAGAGGGAGAGUACGAUUUGGAGUGCCGAAAUGGCGAAGCCACGGAAGUCGAAGAACGAAGACCAGAAGCCUGAUAAUUCGGAAGCUGUAGUUCGCCAUCAGAAGCUUUGCCUCUCAAUCGACAUGGACAAGCAUCUCGUCUACGGGUAUACUGUUCUUGAGAUCGCGGUGCCAGAUAACGGGAUUGUAGGGUUGCACGCCAAUAAUUUGGUUAUCGAGAGGGUCACGGUCGAUGGAGAGCCGGCGGAGUUCGAAGCUUUCCCUCACUAUCAACAGUUGGAUGAAGGUCGAUGGUGCGCAGUGUCUUCCGUUACUUCUGCUGCUAGUGCUGCGGGGUCGGUUUAUUUGUCAUCUCUUGAGAAUGAGUUGGUUCCGAAUUUUAUGAUCAUGUGCUCCAAGUCUGUCAAGACAGCGAGUGAACAGCAAGCACAGUCGAAUUCGGAAAACGGGUGGCAUUCAUCUGAAGAACCCAAGCAGAAUGUGAAACUGGUACGGAUUGACUAUUGGGUAGAGAAAGCUGAAACUGGAAUUCAUUUUGAGAAUGGUAUUCUACACACUGAUAAUCAGAUAAGGCGUGCAUGCUGUUGGUUCCCCUGUAUGGAAGAAAGUUCUCAGUGCUGUUGCUAUGAUAUGGAGUUUACUGUUCCCACCAAUUUUGUGGCAGCUAGCAAUGGAAAUUUACUAUAUCAGGUUUUGAGCAAGGAUGGUGCGAGUAAAACAUAUGUAUAUAGGCUAAAUGUACCAGUUGCUGCACGGUGGAUAUCGCUUGCAGUUGCACCAUUUGAAAUCUUUCCUGAUCGUCAUAGUAGUUUUCUGUCAUACAUGUGUUUGCCAGCAAAUCUUUCAAAGUUGCAAAACACUGUGGGAUUUUUUCAUACUGCAUUCAGCCAUUAUGAAGAUUACCUCUCUGCGUCUUUUCCAUUUGGGUCAUACACACAAGUUUUUAUUGCUCCAGAAAUGGCAAUAUCCUCAAUGAGUUUGGGUGCCUCCAUGACCAUCUUAAGUUCUCAAAUUCUAUAUGACGAGAAGGUCAUUGAUCAGACCAUAGAGACCAGGAUUAAACUUGCUUUUGCCCUUGCAAGACAGUGGUUUGGUGUAUAUAUUACUGCUGAAGCCCCAAGUGAUGAGUGGUUACUGGAUGGGCUUGCUGGGUUUCUAACCGAUUUAUUUAUCAAGCGGUUUCUGGGUAACAAUGAAGCACGCUAUCGGCGAUACAAGGCAAAUUGUGCUGUUUGCAAAGCUGAUGAUAGUGGUGCAACUGCAUUAAGCUCCUCUACUUCUUCUAAUGAUUUGUAUGGAACCCAGUGCAUUGGUUUAUAUGGCAAAAUACGAUCUUGGAAGUCUGUGGCUGUCCUUCAAAUGCUGGAAAAGCAGAUGGGGCCAGAGUCUUUUCGUAAAAUCCUGCAGAUAAUUCUUUCUCGAACUCGAACUCAAGAUACUACUCGACCCAUGAGAAAUCUUAGUACAAAGGAGUUUCGGCAUUUUGCCAAUAAAAUUGGAAAUCUUGAGCGACCUUUUCUUAAGGAAUUUUUUCCUCGCUGGGUUGGGUCUUGUGGUUGUCCAGUGCUGAGGAUGGGAUUUUCCUAUAACAAGAGGAAAAAUAUGGUCGAAUUGGCAGUCAUGCGGGGAUGCACGGCCUCUUUAGACUCAAUGACAAAGGUUGUUAAUGGUGACCUCGACACAGAGAAUCGAGAAAGUGAUGUUGGGUGGCCUGGGAUGAUGAGCAUAAGGGUUUAUGAACUUGAUGGCAUGUAUGACCAUCCAAUUUUGCCAAUGGCUGGAGAAACUUGGCAGCUGCUAGAGAUACAAUGUCACUCAAAGCUUGCUGCAAAACGCUUUCAAAAGCCUAAAAAGGGUUCUAAACCAGAUGGCUCUGAUGAUAAUGGCGAUGCUGUAUCUAACCUUGAUCUGCGAUCCAAUGCUGACUCCCCGCUGUUAUGGCUUCGAGCAGACCCAGAAAUGGAGUAUCUUGCUGAAAUUAAUUUCAAUCAGCCAGUACAGAUGUUGAUAAAUCAACUAGAGAAGGACAAAGAUGUUGUUGCUCAAGCACAGGCAAUCACAAUGUUAGAGGCAAUGCCACAGCUUUCAUUUUCUGUUGUUAAUGCACUGAAUAAUUUCCUCGGUGAUGCCAAGGCAUUCUGGAGAGUUCGGGUUGAGGCAGCAUUUGCAUUGGCUUGUACAGCAAGUGAGGAAACUGAUUGGGCUGGCUUACUUCAUCUGAUUAAAUUUUAUAAAAGUCGGAGAUAUGACAUAAAUAUUGGACUCCCAAAGCCAAAUGACUUUCAUGAUUUCCCAGAGUACUUCGUACUUGAGGCUAUUCCAAAUGCAGUAGCUAUGGUCAGAGCAUCCGACAAGAAAAGUCCAAGAGAAGCUGUCGAGUUUGUUUUACAACUACUGAAGUAUAAUGAUAACAAUGGGAAUCCAUACUCAGAUGUGUUCUGGCUUGCUACAUUAGUGCAGUCCAUUGGUGAACUUGAAUUUGGACAGCAGAGUAUUCCUUUUUUAUCAUCACUUCUCAAGCGCAUCGAUCGGCUUUUGCAAUUUGACAGGCUUAUGCCAAGCUACAAUGGCAUACUGACAAUCAGCUGCAUCCGUGCAUUGACUCAAGUUGCACUAAAGCUCUCAGAAUUCAUCCCACACGAUCGUGCAAUUGCACUUAUCAGACCAUUUUGUGAUCUUAAGUCAAUUUGGCAAGUUAGAAUUGAAGCAAGCAAAGCUCUCCUUGAUCUUGAGUUUCACUUCAAAGGCAUUGAUGCAUCGUUAAAGUUGUUCAUUGAGUACUUAAAAGAAGAGCCCUCCCUCAGAGGGCAGGCAAAGUUAGGUGUCCAUGUUACGAGAUUAUGUCAGAUGAGGAAUGGAUCUCAUUUUGAUCAUGAUGUAAGCAGCGAAUCUCUUGGAUCCUUGCUUCGUCUUCUUGAAAGUCGCAUGGCAUUCAACAAUGUUGUUCUUCGUCACCAUCUGUUUUGCAUUUUACAAGUCCUUGCAGGCAGGCCACCAACACUGUACGGAGUCCCAAGAGAUGAAACACUGCAAAAGAGCUACGCAAAGACCUCAAGUGAACUGAAGAAUCUCUUUGCAUUUAUGGUUGAGCAAGCCAAGCAUCCAGAGCCUCCUGUUGAUGCCUCAAACCCAUUACCGAUAGAGCCUACUGAGGACAUCCCUAACACAUCAGAUGUGGAGCAUACUGACCAUCCAGAGCCUCCUGUCGAUACCUCAAACCCAUUACUGAUGGAGCCUGUUGAGGGCAUCCCUAAAAUAUCACAUGAGGAGCGUAUUGCCGAUGGUGCCCCUAAUCUAUCAUGUUUGGUGCCCACUGGGCCAAAUCCUAACUCGUCACAUACAGAACCUACUGCAGACAUCCUUAAAGACGCUUGCCCGGAGCCAAUUGGGGACGUUCCUGACCUGCCACAUCCAGACACUACAGCAGCAAUCCACAAGCCGUCUAACCCAGAACCUCAUGUGCAUACUCCUAACUUGUCGCAUGAUGAUUUAGUUAUUGUUCCAGAUGGCUCUAAGGAAGCUGGUACUAUCUCAAAUAGUCACGAGCGGAGGAAGCCAGUGGUCAAGAUCAGGGUCAAGCAAUCCGCAGCAUCCAGUAGAGCAGAGGAUGCAGAUAACACCACAGUCGAAAAAUCUCAAGGUAGACAAGUGGACGCUGAUCGUGGUCCCAGCAGUUCUUUUUCUGUCGAUGCACCCCAAAGAAAUUUCACUGAAGCUGUGUGCACAAGCAAUCAAAACUUCGAUGAAGUCAACUCAUGCCAGGAUCUUGGGUCCCGGAUGACCGCCAGCAUUGGUAGUGCCAAACUUGCCAGUGAAGGUGAUGAGCUCAGGAAAGAACUCCAAUGCACUGCCGAUUCAAGCAAGGUUUCUGCGCUGCCUCCAUCUGAUGACCGGUCUUCACCCGGCAUCUUCAAGGAUAAUGGCGCGACAAGAACGCAAAAGUAUGCCAGCCUUCAAAUUCUUUCUGUGGCAAGACACGAUACUGAUAGUGUUUCCUUGGCCUCAGCUGACCAUAGUAAAGAGAAAUCAAAGAAGAAAGACAAGGAAAAGAAGCGAAAGCACGGUCACCGCAAAGGUCACUCUGACGACCCGGAGUACUUGGAAAGAAAACGUUUGAAGAAGGAAAAGAAGCAGAAGAAGAAGGAGAUGGCAAAGCUGCUGAGCGAGCAGCAGGCAAAGCCGGCUUCUUCAGUUGAGUUGCCGAGUUCGAAAGGGAGAUGUGAAGCCGCUGACGACGAAGCCAAGAUGGCUCCAGUUGAGUUUCGGGGUAGGAAAGAUGAAACUGAAAAUAGGUUAGUAACGGACUUGCAGGGUAAGCUGCAAGAGGUUGAGACAAAGAGGAGUCUGCAAGUGAAACCAGUUGAAGCUGGUGGAUCAAAGGUAGUGAUAAAGAUGUCAGACAGCCGGGCUGAGACACCGGAAGGUAGCUCUACUCACAAACUCCGAAUUAAAAUCAAGAAUCGAACAGUCAACAAAACAUAAUUACGUGAUGUAACUUUUACUACGAUAUUGUUUGUACAUUCUUCGUUUGAUCUUUUAAUUUUGGAAUGUGUACUAUUGGAGUAGGGCUUUUCACGUAGCAGGUUUCUGUAAGUUUUUUUUUCUUGUUUAUUGAGUAGCCAGCUUGACCGGAAAUGUGAUGUACUGAUGAGCAUUGUAGCAGCAUGUAGGACUCUAUUAAAAUUGUGUCAAAUCAUUUAGGAAACAUAAAAUUUGUAUAAAAUUUGUUUAGAUUCA